AUGAGUUCACCCAAAAGACGUAUUGAAAAAGAUGUCAUGGCUCUAAUGAUGAGUGAUCACGAUGUAACAUUGAUUGAUGACUCGAUUCAGCAGUUCUUUGUCAUAUUCCAUGGACCAAAAGAUACUCCCUACGAAGGUGGUGUCUGGAAGAUUCGGGUGGAGUUGCCCGAUCAAUACCCAAUUAAAUCGCCGUCUAUAGGCUUUACAAAUAAAAUAUACCAUCCAAAUAUUGACGAAGGCUCCGGUGCAGUUUGUUUGGACGUUAUAAAUCAAACAUGGUCGCCAAUGUUUGGUCUUUUGAAUAUAUUUGAGAACUUUUUACCUCAUUUAUUGAGAUAUGCUAAUCCAAGCGACCCCUUAAAUACUGAGGCAUCUAAUUUGAUGACAAAAGAUGAGAAUAAGUACAACGAGACAGUAAAGAAAUAUGUGGAGCAGUAUGCAAGCCACAUUCCUGACAUGAAUGGGGAUGCUGAAAAAGAGGGUGAAGACGAUGAAGAUGACGAGUUGAGUGAUGUCGGGAGCUUGUCUAGCGACGAUGAAGAAGAUGGGGUCGCUGGCAAUCUUGAAAUUUAA